GAUGAAUUCUUCGUAUGUUAAAAAAACUUGUGCUUUUAAUCGUAUUCGACGCCAGUGUUACUCUAAAUCGGAAAAAUAUGGAUAUCUAUUCGCUCUUCUUCCGAUGUGCUUUUGUGGAGCAAUAGUAAGCGCAAUAGGGCUGAUUGUCUUUUUUAGAAAGAGACCAGUUGUAAAAAUAGCUCCGUCUAUGAAGAAGUUUCUAAGAGCUCUUUGUGUAUCAUCUUUCGGAGUUAGUUUAACGGCUAUACCAUUAGCACCUUUAAGGUGCUUUUCAAGACAUCGUACGUCGAUGAUUGCCUCUGGUUUAUAUGACGCUUUCGUACUUCUUCCUAUAGCAAAUGCUUUUUCGGCAGCUUCUUCUUGGCUUACCGUGGCUAUGACAGUAGAAAGAUUUAUAGCCGUUAAAAAACCAUUUGAAAUGAGAUUUUCGCAUAAAAUUAAUAUAACAUAUCUUAUUAUUUGUAUAUAUCUUGGGGCGUUUGGUCUUCAUUUGCCCUAUUUUUUUUAUCGUUUACCAAAUGCAAGAGGAAUCCCUUUACAAACAGCUUUUGGUCGAAGUCGCUAUUUUCGCUAUUAUCUAUGGGCUAGAAUGAUAAUCGCCAAAAUGAUACCUAUUGUCUUGAUGAUUUUCUUUAACGCUGGCUUGAUAAUUGCGCUUUGGAGAAUCCGUCGGAAUAGAAAUGUCUUAAUUGGUAUAAGGCAGAAUUCCCAUAAUGUAGACCAUCAUGGUAAAAUAACUAUUAUGGCGUUAGCUCUAAGUACAGCUUAUGUUCUUUGUCAUAUAUUGGAACCCAUUAUUCAUACGCCUAUAUUUGAAUUAUUCAUGGGUAAAUGUCAUCUACAUGGAAAAGUUCACAGGCGAAUUACAAUGACGUCAAAUGUACUGGAAUUGUCUAGUUGUACAUUAUAUUUUGUUCUACUAUGCGCAUUCAAUACCUCCUUUAGAAGAGCAGCAAAAUGGCACCUAUUCCCAUGUAAGAGGCAUGUUCAAAUUCAACACGAAGGGCAUCCAACAACAAUUUGGAUUGCUCAACGAGCUGAUUCAAUAAGAAAGCAGUCAUUGAAAAGUUCAUCCGCCUAA